AGAAGAGAGAAAACCAUGAUAGAAGUUGAAGCUCCCAUCACAGUGUGUGGUGACAUUCACGGCCAGUUCUUUGACCUGAUGAAAUUAUUUGAAGUGGGAGGAUCACCCGCUAGCACAAGAUACCUCUUCCUGGGUGACUAUGUGGACAGAGGAUAUUUCAGCAUAGAGUGUGUGCUCUAUUUGUGGGUUCUGAAGAUUCUAUACCCAAACACAUUAUUUCUCCUGAGAGGUAACCAUGAGUGCCGGCACCUGACAGAAUAUUUUACUUUUAAACAAGAAUGUAAAAUAAAGUAUUCGGAAAGAGUCUAUGAUGCUUGCAUGGAAGCUUUCGACUGCCUCCCUCUGGCCGCACUUUUAAACCAGCAGUUCCUCUGUGUCCACGGUGGUCUCUCGCCAGAAAUCAACACGAUAGAUGACAUCAGGAGGCUAGAUAGAUUCAAGGAGCCACCAGCAUUUGGACCGAUGUGUGACUUACUGUGGUCAGAUCCCUCUGAAGACUUUGGAAGCGAAAACUCACAAGAGCAUUUCAGUCACAAUACAGUCAGGGGCUGCUCCUAUUUUUAUAGCUAUCCUGCAGUUUGUGAAUUUUUGCAGAGUAAUAAUUUGUUGUCCAUUAUCAGAGCUCACGAAGCACAAGAUGCCGGUUAUAGAAUGUACAGGAAAAGUCACACAACAGGGUUCCCAUCGUUAAUAACCAUUUUUUCGGCACCCAACUACUUGGAUGUCUACAAUAAUAAAGCUGCUGUAUUAAAAUAUGAAAAUAAUGUGAUGAAUAUUCGGCAGUUCAACUGUUCGCCACACCCUUACUGGCUGCCAAAUUUCAUGGAUGUCUUCACGUGGUCAUUGCCGUUUGUGGGAGAAAAAGUGACAGAAAUGCUGGUGAACGUUCUGAGUAUUUGCUCUGACGACGAGUUGAUGACGGAGGGAGAAGACCAGUUUGACGUAGGUACAGCGGCAGCAAGGAAAGAAAUAAUCAGGAACAAAAUCCGGGCAAUUGGCAAGAUGGCCAGAGUCUUCUCUGUUCUCAGGGAGGAGAGCGAGAGCGUGCUGACCCUGAAGGGUUUGACCCCCACGGGGAUGCUGCCCAGCGGCGUGUUGGCUGGAGGACGGCAGACCUUGCAAAGUGCCACAGCAGAGGCCGUUGAGGCUGGAAAAGCAAUACGAGGAUUCUCUCCGCAACAUAAAAUCUGCAGUUUUGAAGAGGCCAAAGGUCUGGACAGGAUCAACGAGCGCAUGCCGCCCAGGAAAGAUGCUCUUCAGCAGGAUGGCAUUAUUUCAGUCAGCACAACUAAUGCCAAUGGAAACAAGGGGACUGGCAACAAUAAUGCACAGUGA